ACUCCAAGUGCAGCAGCUGAAAUCUGUGACAUACUGUGGUAAAGACGGAGUUUGUUAAAGAGGAGAUUGAAGACAUGAGUGAUCCAGAACCAUCCAGAAUAAAACAUGAAGAUACCGAGGAACAAACAGACCAGAUGAAAGUGACAGAGCAAAGACAAGGACUGAGUGAAGAGGAGGAGAAACACUGUGACUUAAAAACUCAAAGAGUAAAAGCCAAAAAGCUGCAGACCUGUGAUCAGCGUGGUAAAGAUUCAUCAAAUCUGAAAACACACAUGAAGGACCAUAUAAAUGAGAAACCUCUCUCGUGUUCUUUCCAUGGAAAGAGUCGCUCAUUGAUGGAAAAUUGUAAACAGCGCCAGGGAACUCAUAAUGAAGUGAAAGAACAUGUGUGUUUGGAUUGUGGGAAGAGCUUCACUAAAGUUAGCCGUUUGAAACUGCACAAAAGGAUUCACACUGGAGAAAAACCUCACAAGUGCUCAUAUUGUGACAAGAGUUUCACUCAGGCAGGAACCAUGAAAAUACAUGAGCGAGUUCACACUGGAGAGAAGCCGUAUCACUGUACUCAGUGUGGAAAGAGUUUCAGAUAUAGAAGUGAUCUCAAUUUUCAUCUGCUCAUUCACUCUGGAGAAAGACCAUUUACCUGUGAUCAGUGUGGUACAGAUUUUAAAUUAGCAAUACUUCUAAAAAACCACAUGAAAAUUCAUACAAAUGUGAGACCGUAUGCAUGUUCAUUUUGUGGAAAGUGUUUUGCUCGACUGGAUCAUUGUAAACGGCACCAGAAAAAACACAUCAGCAAGAAAGAUCAUGUGUGUUGCGAGUGUGGGAAGAGCUUUACUAGAGCUGAUAAUCUGCAACAGCACCAAAGAAUCCAUACUGGAGAGAAACCUUACAAGUGCUCACAUUGUGACAAGAGUUUCACUCAGUCUGGAAACCUGAAAGCACAUGAGCGAGUUCACACUGGAGAGAAGCCGUACUACUGCCCUCCCUGUGAGAAGAGUUUUAGAUUUUUAAAAGGCCUUGAAAGUCACAUGAAAAUAUGUACUAAUUUGUCACAGUGAGCAACAUUUUCAUGUUAGAACAGCCUAGUAAAUAGUGUGAGAUAAACAAAAUAUU